UUAAAGAAUAAAUAUUUAAAAACCUCACAUGGUUGGUCCUGCUGCAGCUAGAAAAACAAAAGACUUGUAUAAGAACAUAUUUAUUUUAUUGUUUUUAAAAGGCUAGAUUGAGAUCUUUGCUUUUCUAUUGUGCAGCACCUCCCCCUUGACAACAUUACAAUACAAACUACAUGCUCCUGAACCCAUAGGGUAGAUUACCAAGUUUGGGCAAACACUCAAUGACUUAUAUGCAGUGAAUGAGGAACAAGUAAGCUCAUUGAAGGUUUCUGUCUCAUGUAACGAGUGUGUUUGAUUAAAGUCUCUUCACCAAGCAGACAUGGAGAUGAUGAGAUAUAAAACAGUGAUAAGAUUCCUCUUUAGCACUGGGAUCUUUUUUCAAGCCUGCGAAUCAGACGUGAGUUGCAGGAAUGACGAUGGAGACGAGGUCGACUGGUACAUCUUAUACAAGUUGCCCAAAAUUAACGACGGUGGUCUGUCAUAUCUGUACAUGGACGAGAGCACCAAUGGUUGGAUACCCAGCCAAGAGAAUAUCAACAGCAACUCUGGCACCCUGGCCCACACCCUGAAACCUCUUCUCGACUUCUACGACAGAAAGAUGGCAGGAUUUGGAUAUUUGCUCUAUAACGAUCAGCCUUCGGAACUCAAGCCAGCUCCUGCAUCAUUUGGACACAGUAAAGGAGUCGUAAUGUUGGAUGAACGAACUGGAGUCUGGCUCUCACACAGCACACCAAAAUUUCCAACAUAUCAGAGUAAAGACUUCUGGCCCCCAAGUGGAAACGCUAAUGCUCAAACGUUUAUAUGUGUCACUUACUCCUAUGCUUCAUUCAAACAAAUAGGACUGCAGCUCCAAUACAUCCAUGCCUUUUCAUACGACUCUAGCAUACCCAAAACCUUUCUACCUGACCUGCGCUGUGUGGCACUGAGAACCUGCUACCCAAAGACGACGCCCUGGUUUAGACUCAUGACGCUGACGUCAGUGAAUGGACAGAGGUUCACCAGCUUUGCAAAAUACACACGAUUUGGGGAUGAUAUCUACUCUGGCUUCAUUGUAAAUCACUUGAAGCAGGAUCUGUACGUCAAGAGCUGGGGAAAGAUGCGUCGCCCUCUGCCUUCUAACUGCAGCAUCCCUCACAAUGUGAACAAUGUGUACAAUGUGAAGAAGGUACAACUUCCCGGCACGCGGUCCUUCAGCCACACUGUCGAUCACUCCAAGUGGAGCGUGACUGCUGACCGUGGCUGGACCUGCAUCGCCGACAUGAACAGGGAGAUGAGUCAGAUGGGCAGAGGCGGAGGAGCCAUAUGCAUCAAGGAUCCUGUGAUCGGUGAUGCUUUCUAUUCACUGAUUAAAGAGUAUGAGAGAUGUGACCGUAAACGUCCACAUAGUCCGUAAAGAGAGCUUUAAGGGCACAACCCUCUGAAUUUUCUUCUUUUUUUUAAUCAGGAAAGUGAAGUGACUUUUCCAGAAAUUUGUUUGGUUGUACCAUAUAUAUUUUUGGAAAUUAUACCCAAUUUUUUUUUAGUGUAUGAUCAAUUAUGUCGUUUAUUUUCUGGGUGGUUUAUUUCUACAAAUCAAAGACUGCAUCGCUAUUAUUUUAAAUCAUGUUUUAAGAAGUUUAAGAAAAGCAAUGUGUUUUAAUAGCUUGAUUACAUUUAUUUUAACAUAUAUAUCUUUAUUGCUUGUAAUUUAUAUUUUCUAAUCAUUACAUAAAGCUCAAGACAUAAAAAAAACCUGUGAUUAGACGGUGAAAAAAACACGUUGUUUUAUAUUUUCCCUUUUACUGGGGACCAUUGGCUGAAGGUUGGAUAAACCUGAGGAAGAAAUUCUGUAAAAAAAAUGUUUGUUUUAUUUCUUUUAAACAAUAUUUGGGUGUAUUUCGUUUUGUUUUGAUAUAUUUAGAAUAUGUCUGUUUUCAAAUUGUAUUUCAACUUCAAAUCAUUCAGACCAAAUUUUUAUUGAGCAUUUUUUGGGUUGUUGUAUUUGUUUUCAAUCUGGUUGUACUUUAUUUUUGAGUGUACCAUAUGUUUUGCUUUUGUGCUUCAUAUAGACAGGAAAUUUAAAGAAAUACAAGUUAAAUAAUAAUCAUUUUAAUAAAAAUUUAAAUAAUAGUUACA